CGCCCUUGCCCCGCCUGGCUGGCGGGCGGGGGGCGGCGGCGGCAACGCAAGAAACAUGCUUCAGGACUUGUGGUACGGAUUUUGAAGGUCAUUGAUGCACUCCUGCGAAUUAGUUGCUGCCCAGUUCCAGUUAGUCAUGUAUAUGAGACCAUUAAAAUGGAUUUUUUUGUUUCUCUUUGUGUUUUCAGUCAUAACAAUGUGGUACGUAACUUUUUUCCCCAACACUGCGAUUGAGCAUACAAACCUCAUGUAUUUCUAUGAAUAUGAACCGAUUUACAAGCAACACUACCUCUUCACACUGCGGGAGCGCUUGAAAUGCAAAGACAUAAAUCCGUUUCUAGUCAUCUUGGUGUCUUCAAGACCCAAGGACGUGAAGGCAAGGCAGGCCAUCAGGGUAACGUGGGGAUCUCAAAACUCCUGGUGGGAACAUCGAAUUCUAACCCUGUUCUUACUAGGUCAGGACACUCAAAUGGAAGACAACGCUGCAGCACUGUCGGUAGAAGAUGAAAGCAUCCUCUAUGGUGACAUAAUUCGCCAAGAUUUUAUGGACACUUAUGACAAUCUCACCUUGAAAACGAUCAUGGCGUUUAGGUGGGUCACUGAGUUCUGUUCGAAUGCUAGAUUCCUCAUGAAGACUGACACUGAUGUCUUCAUCAACACCGCUAACUUGGUAAAAUUUCUUCUGAAGCUAAAUUCCUCAGAAAAUAUUUUUACUGGUUAUCCCCUUAUAGAUAACUUUGCCUACAGAGGCUUUUACAAAAAAACGUACAUCUCUUACGAUGAAUAUCCAUUCAAGUUGUAUCCUCCGUAUUGCAGUGGGAUGGGCUAUAUAUUGGAUGGAAAACUGGCUCUGAGGAUUUAUGAACUGAUGAGUCAUAUCAAGCCUAUUAAAUUUGAGGAUGUUUAUGUUGGAAUUUGCUUAAAUAUACUUAAGGUGAACAUCAGUAUUCCAGAAGAUAAACAACAAUUCUUUCUUUAUAAAAUUAAUUUUGAUAUCUGUAAGUAUAGACAUUUGAUUGCAGUACAUGGCAUUACAUCAAGUGAAAUGAUCAGGUUUUGGCAGGAUUUGUCAUCAAACACUUCAGUUACUUGCCUUUGA